GAGCACCGCGCCAUCUUUGCCCAUGGAAGAGCAGCGAGUGGCGGCCAGUCGAGUGCCAGCAGCCUCGAGCCCAGGCCCGUACAGCCGCCACCAUGACCAACGUCUCCUACCACAUCUCCAACCUGCUGGAAAAGAUGACUUCCAGCGACAAGGACUUCAGGUUCAUGGCCACCAAUGACCUGAUGGUGGAAUUACAGAAAGACUCUAUCAAGUUGGAUGAUGACAGUGAGAAGAAAGUGGUGAAGAUGCUGCUUAAACUGCUGGAGGAUAAAAAUGGAGAGGUACAAAACUUGGCUGUGAAAUGUCUGGGCCCCCUGGUCAGCAAGGUUAAAGAGUACCAGGUGGAGACUAUUGUGGACACAUUAUGUACCAAUAUGCUGUCUGACAAAGAACAGCUACGAGAUAUAUCCAGCAUUGGCCUGAAGACUGUCAUUGCAGAGCUACCUCCUGCUUCUAGUGGUUUAGCCCUAUCUGCUAACGUGUGCAAGAAGAUCACGGGACGUCUGACAAGUGCUAUUGCCAAACAAGAAGAUGUAUCUGUCCAGCUGGAAGCCUUGGAUAUCCUCUCUGAUAUGUUGAGCAGAUUAGGUGGGACUCUGAUCACAUUUCAUUCUUCCAUUCUGAGUUGUCUGCUACCCCAGCUGUCAAGUCCAAGGCUAGCUGUUCGGAAGAGAGCCAUCAUCUCUCUGGGGCACCUGGUGAUGAGUUGCAGCAGUUGUCUCUUCUCUGAACUAAUGGAUCACCUAAUGGUGGAACUAUCAAAAAAUGAAUCUACCUCCAUGACCAGAACCUACAUCCAGUGCAUUGGUGCCAUCAGUCGACAGGCUGGGCACAGAGUUGGAGAGCAUUUGGAGAAUAUUAUUCCGCUGGUUGUAAAGUACUGCAAUGUGGACGAUGAUGAGCUACGGGAGUACUGCUUCCAGGCGUUCGAGUCAUUUGUGAGAAGGUGUCCAAAGGAAAUGUCAGUUCACAUUCCUGCCAUGAUUGGAUUGUGCCUAAAGUACAUCACAUAUGAUCCGAAUUACAACUAUGACCAAGAUGAGGAUAAUGAAGAUGCUAUGGAAACCGAAAAGGGUGAUGAAGAGGAAGAUCAAGACAGUGAAGAGGAGUACACGGAUGAUGAUGACAUGAGCUGGAAAGUGCGUCGAGCUUCCACCAAGUGUUUGGAUGCCAUUAUAAGCACCAGGCACGAAAUGCUGCAGGAGUUUUAUAAGACUGUCUCGCCAGCUCUCAUUAUUAGAUUCAAGGAACGGGAAGAGAAUGUGAAGGCUGAUAUAUUUCACGCUUACGUGUCUCUCCUGAAGCAGACUAAACCAGUUCAGAGCUGGUUGCAGAAUGCAGAUGAACUGGAGCAAGGAGACAUGCCCCUUGUGAUGCUUCAAAACCAAGUACCUAGCAUAGUGAAAGCAUUACACAAGCAGCUUAAGGAGAAGAGUAUGAAGACGCGUCAAGGCUGUUUCAACCUUUUAACCGAACUGGCUAGUGUCCUGCCUGGAGGCUUGUCAGAACAUAUACCAGCCUUGGUACCAGGCAUUAUUUACUCCCUUACUGACAAAUCAAGUACCUCAAACAUGAAGAUUGAUGCACUGACCUUCCUCCAUGUCAUUCUCUGCAAUCAUCCCCCAGAAGUGUUUCACCCCCAUGUUAAGACUUUGUUGCCUCCAACGGUGGCCUGCAUCAGUGACCCUUUUUACAAAAUCACCUCCGAGGCUCUGCUGGUGACUCAACAACUUAUAGAGGUGAUCCGUCCACUGGGCAAACCUUGUUCGUUCGAUGCUAAGCCAUAUGUAAAGGAUUUGUUUAGUAACACUUUGAAGAGAUUAAAAGCAGCAGAUAUUGACCAGGAAGUAAAGGAGAGAGCAAUUGCCUGUACGGGGCAAAUCAUCUGUAAUCUGGGAGACAGUCUAGGUGCUGACCUGAAUCCCACAUUGCUAAUCUUCCUUGAACGACUGAAGAAUGAAAUCACACGACUGACCACAGUCAAGACUUUGACACUGAUUGCAAGUUCUCCUUUAAAAAUUGAUCUGCGCCCUAUUCUUGGUGAAGCAGUUCCCAUCCUGGCCUCUUUUCUAAGGAAGAACCAACGUGCAUUAAAAUUAAGCACCCUUGCUGCACUGGAUAUCCUGAUUAAGAACUACAGUGACAGCCUAAAGCCAAUGAUGAUUGAGUCAGUCUUGAAGGAGCUUCCGUCCCUCAUUGGGGAGAGUGACAUGCAUGUCUCCCAGAUGGCUAUCACCUUCUUGACGUCUCUAGCCAAAGUCUACCCUUCAUCUGUUUCCAAGAUCGGUGGGUCAAUUCUGAUUGAGCUAUUCAACCUGGUUCACUCACCGCUGCUGCAAGGAGGGGCUCUGAAUGCAAUUUUGGACUUCUUCCAGGCUUUGGUCAUAUCCAAGACUCCCAACAUGGGGUACAUGGAGCUACUCAAGCAGUUGACAGGAACCAUCUAUUCAUCAGCUCAGUCAGGUGGUCCUGUGCUUUUGCACAAGCAAGCCUAUUACUCUGUGGCGAAAUGCGUGGCAGCGCUUACUUCAGCUUGUCCAAAGGAUGCCAGUUCAGUGGUGAACCAGUUUGUUCAAGAGGUGAAGAAUCCCAAAUCCUCUGACUCAGUUCGUUUGCUGGCUCUACUUUCCUUGGGUGAGAUAGGCCGCACCAUGAACUUGGGUGCACACAAAGAGCUCAAGGUGGUCAUUCUUGAAGCAUUUUCAUCACCUAGUGAAGAAGUAAAGUCGGCGGCUUCCUAUGCAUUAGGGAACAUCAGCGUGGGAAACCUCAGUGACUAUCUUCCUUUCAUUCUCAAGGAGAUCAGUGGUCAGCCCAAGCGUCAGUACUUGUUGCUGCAUUCGCUGAAAGAGGUUAUUAGUUCUUCCUCAGCAGACAGUUUAAAACCUUACAUUCAAGACAUUUGGGCUUUGCUGUUCAAAAACUGCGAGUGCGUUGAAGAAGGAACUCGUAAUGUGGUGGCUGAAUGUUUAGGAAAGUUAACCCUCAUUGAUCCAUCCCACUUGCUACCCAGGCUAAAGAAACAACUUACAUCUGGUUCUGCCUAUGCACGAAGCACAGUGGUGACUGCUGUCAAGUUUACGAUCUCAGACCAUCCACAAGCAAUUGACCCAUUACUAAAGAGCUGCAUAGGCGAUUUCUUGCGGACUCUGGAGGACCCGGAUCUCAAUGUUAGGCGUGUUGCCUUGGUCAUGUUCAACUGUGCAGCUCACAACAAGCCUUCGUUGAUCAGGGACUUGCUGGAGACUGUGUUGCCACAGUUGUACAAGGAAACCAAGGUCAGAAAGGAGCUCAUCAGAGAGGUAGAAAUGGGACCUUUCAAACACACAGUGGAUGAUGGACUUGAUAUUCGGAAAGCUGCCUUUGAAUGCAUGUACACUUUGUUGGAUAGCUGCCUGGAUCGGUUGGACAUCUUUGAGUUUCUGAACCAUGUGGAAGAUGGAUUAAAGGAUCAUUAUGACAUCAAGAUGCUGACUUUCAUCAUGUUAGCACGAUUGUCAACUGUCAGUCCCAGUGCAGUUCUGCAGAGAUUGGACAGGCUUGUAGAACCACUGCGUGCAACAUGCACUACUAAGGUGAAGGCUAACUCAGUGAAACAGGAAUUUGAAAAGCAGGAUGAGCUGAAACGCUCGGCGAUGAGGGCAGUAGCAGCUCUGCUCACGAUCCCAGAAGCUGAGAAGAGUGCGCUGAUGGCAGAAUUCCAGUCGCAGAUCAGAUCCAACCCCGAAAUGGCAUCCAUUUUUGAAAGUAUUCAGAAGGACAACACAUCAGUGGCUAGUACAGAAAUAAUGGACCUCAGCUAGAAAAGAAAGUAAACCAAAAGGAUCUGAACAAGAUGCCUUGCCUUCAUAACUAACCUCUGUGUGAAAUGUUAUUUAUUUUGUCUUUUGCGUUUUACUUUUCUGUUCCAGAACCUCAUGAUCAUUCUGGCAGGCAUUUACAGGUCAGCUGCCUCAAUGUUGCCUUUGCAUGACUUCUCUGUUUCUGCUGCCAGUGCAGUUUAGGCUGUAUCCUGCUGCCCCACCUUAACAGCUCUGACUCCUACCUAGUGUUGAUAAAGGAGAGCAAACUGGAUAGUGCAAAGGGAAGUAAGUCUUUCCUACUACCACUCGUGACCUACUCUACUCAUAAGGCAUUAAAUGAAACGUGCGUGGCCUUGCCACUGUUAGUAUGUCCUGUUGCUAAAUGGCUGGCAUAAACCUAUCCAUUAAUUCUGUUGAAAAUUGCAUGCCAACCCAGGUAGUUUCUGGAUUGCAUUAUUUUAAUAAUGGGCAGGCUAAUUUGGUCCAUGACUUCUGGAUAUAGUUCACAUGAUACAAUCUCAAGGUUCACUAGCUCCCAUGUGAAAAGUGUGUUGCAUUGAAAAAAACCAGGAGAUACCUAAGAAGUGUGUCUGAGAUUUCCUGGGAGGAAAACUUGACAUAAAAGACUGGUUUAUUAGAUCUGUUGAAUCAUUCAAACUUGAGUAAUCUCAGUUGUGUUGGCAAAGCCACAGUGAUGAAGAUGUAUAACCAUUGCAUUGGAUUUACAAUCUUGGAUGCUUUUUAAGAUAUGAGAGUGCAGAUGCAGAGUUUUUUUUGCUCAGGAUGCUUUUUAAUUUGUUUGACAUAAGCUGCAAUUGUGCCUCUUCCUGCGAUAUUAGCACAAGAUCCAUUAAACUUUCUGCGUGGUCCAGCUGAGAUUAGGGAACAUUCAUGUGGAUCCUAGGUCUUAUUAGGAGUCGGUUAGUAAUCGGCUUACACAGACCAUUGUUGGUGUAUAUCAUCCUUCACUGUUGUUGAGCUUGCAUUACUGUAAAAUACAGGUGCACAAACUUUAGAUAUGUUCCAUAGAUUUAUAAGGUGCCUAGGUGUAUAAUCUCUCGUACUGCUUCAGCCAUGAUAGUCAGACUGCUGGAGAAGCUACAGUGCCCUCCAUAAUGUUUAGGACAAAGACCCAUAAUUUAUUUAUUUGCCUCUGUACUUCAUAAUUUGAGAUUUGUAAUAGAAAAAAAAUCACACGUGGUUACAGUGCACGUUGUCAGAUUUUAAUAAAAGCCAUUUUUAUACAUUUUGGUUUCACCAUGUAGAAAUUACAACAGUGUUUAUGCAUAGUCCCCCCAUUUCAGGGCACCAUAAUGUUUAGGACACAGCAAUGUAAUGUAAAUGAAAGUAAUCAUGUUUAGUAUUUUGUUGCAUAUCCUUUGCAUGCAAUGACUGCUUGAAGUCUGCAAUUCAUGGACAUCACCAGUUGCUGGGCGUCUUCUCUGGUGAUGGUCUGCAGCCAUCUUGAGCUUAUGCCUGUUUUGGGGGCUAGUCCCCUUCAGUUUUCUCUUCAGCAUAUAAAAGGCAUUCUCAAUUGUGUUCAGAUUGGGUGAUUGACUUGGCCAUUCAAGAAAUGACCAUUUUGUAGCUUUGAAAAACUCCUUUGUUGCUUUAGCAGUAUGUUUGGGAUCAUUGUCUUGCUGUAGAAUGAACUGCCGUGCAAUGAGUUUUGAGGCAUUUGUUUGAACUUGAGCAGAUAGGAUGUGUCUAUACGCUUCAGAAUUAAUUAUGCUACCACCAUCAGCAGUUGUAUCACCACUGAAGAUAAGUGAGCCUGUACCUUCAGCAGCCAUACAUGCCCAGGCCAUAACACCCCCACCACUGUGUUUCACAAAUGAGAUGGUAUGCUUUGGAUCUUGGGCAGUUCCUUCUUUCCUCCAUAUUUUGUUCUGAUAUUAGUUAAUCUUCGUCUCGUUGGUCCACAAGACAUUUUUCCAGAACUGUGGUUGCUCUUAAGUACUUCUCGGCAAACUAACUGGCCAUCCUAUUUUUGCAGCUAACCAGUGAUUUGCAUCUUGCAGUGUAGCCUCUGUAUUUCUGUUCUGCGGUCAGUGGUCAUUGACAAAUUCACACCUGAAGAGUGUUUCUGAUCUGUCGGACAGGUGUUCUGGGAUUUUUCUUUAUUAUAGCGAGAAUUCUUCUGUCAUCAGCUGUGGAGGUCUUCCUUGGCCUGCCAGUCCCUUUGCGAUGACUAAGCUCACCCGUGCUCUCUUUCUUCUUAAUGAUGUUCCUAACAGUUGGUUUUGGUAAGCCUAAGGUUUGGCUGAUGUCUCUAAGUUUUAUUCUUGUUUCUCCGUCUCAUAAUGGCUUCUUUGACUUUCAUUGGCACAACUUUGUUGAUAAACAAGCAAUAAAAGUUUCCAAAGGGAGGAAAUACUAGGCGCUGAGAGCUCUUAUACCUGCAUUAAGGAGGCAAUUAAACACACCUGUGAAGCCAUGUGUCCCAAACAGUAUGGUGCCCUGAAAUGGAGGGGCGACUGUAUAAACACUGCUGUAAUUUCUACAUGGUGAAACCAAAAUGUAUAAAAAUGGCCUUUACUAAAAUCUGACAUUGUGCACUUUAACCACAUGUGAUUUUUUUUCUAUUACAAAUCUCAAAUUGUGCAGUACAGGCAAAUAAAUAAAUGAUAGGUCUUUGUCCCAAACAUUAUGGAGGGCACUGUAUAAUUUAAUGGGCAAGCCAAAUGUUCCCAUACUCUUCCAUGCCUUUUCUUGGACCAGAUGACUUCCUUGUCAAAGUGUUUAAGAAAGAACUGCAGAUGCUGGAAAAGAAGGGUCUCGACCCAAAGUCACAUAUUCCUUCACUCCAUAGAUGUUGCUUCAGCAUUUUUGUCUUCCUUGUCAAAGUGUGGUCAUCUUUGAGCAAAUAAAAUUAAGUCAGCAGCUUAGAUUUGUCAUUUCGGGUUGUAGCUUGGGGCGGUGCUUUAUGUUGUCUUGAUUUCUGCCACUGCAUCUCUGAUCUAUGAGAUGUUAACCUUACAUUGUACUUGUCUUCAGUUGACCAACAGCCAAAUUCAUUUUGAGGGUCCUUUCUCUGCAGAAUAGGUAACAAACUGCAUAUGGUACACGUUACAUCUGGGAGGGAAAAGUGGAUUCAAAGGUUUUUUGUUUGGUUGUGAAUGGUUCAUUAGGAACAAAAACAUUGGAAUGAUGGCACUGUGAAAUGGACCACCUCUUUCCCCUCAUCAAUCUGCAAUGAAAUGAAGUAAAGUAUUGUGCUUCCUUGCUCUUCAAUAGAGGAUACAAAAACCUGUUCUACAUUUAAUCUAUAUACAAAUUUAAAAACAAAUCAGUGGUGGAUUGAAUCAUGUCCACUCACUACAAUGCACUGUUCAACCUAGGAUUCUGAGGUGAAGCAGCCACCAAGGUUCCCUCUUAAGUAUUUGAUUUGAGUUACAAGAAGUGAGACUAAUUGCUUUAGGUGAACCUUCGAUGGCUCCAGCACGACUCGGAUCAUCCAUCAGUUACCAAAUGUUCUGCUGGCAUACAGUGCCACAUGCACAGAAGUGACAGCAGAUUGCAUACCUUAUUUGAUUUCCAUUAUGCCCAGUGGGACUGUUGACUGCUGGACAAGCACUGGGUUUGAUGGACGGCUGUUCAGUUCCAUAGUAUUCUUGGCUUGUAAGCUUAGAAAUUGCAAUGAUUAGAACAGUUUGCAAGCUUUUAUAAAACAUGAAGACCACCAUAUGAAGCAAUGGCAUAAUUCAUUUGCAUCUGUUUUCUUUUGUAAAAGUCAAAGGCAACUGACAAUAUGUUCUAGUGAAAGUUCUUAAAUAACUUGGAGAGUGGUAUAGAAAUAAAGGUUGAAGCACAGGG